AAAUGUAUAAUAAUUAUUAUAAUUUUUUUUAUUUAUAUUAUAUAUAAAAAUAAAAGUAGAUUAAAUCUUUUUGAUUAAAUUUUAUUUCACAUAUAUUUUGUAAAUGUAUCUUCGGGCAUUCAAUUCGUACUGUUAUUGUUUCGACUUUACGUUCAAAAUUUCUUAUAAUUCUCUUUCUGAGAAAUUGAUGAUUUGUUUAUAUAUGUAUAUAUAUGCUCGACGUAUAUUUUGAUUUCUUGCUUCCGAACAAAUCUUCGACGCGUCAUUUUACUAUUGAAAGUCGUGGCGUUUGGACGUUUCGUUUCGCAGAUUAUCGAUUGAUUAUUGGGAUAAUCUACAAAGAGAGAAAAAAUUUCAAUAUGGACGCUAACAACCAUUCAACGUGAUCGAAAAAGUGAAAAUUUUUGUGAUCACGCGCAAUGUGGUCGAUAGAGUCAGUGUUUAUUUCGUAAUAUUUCGUAUUUUUUUAGAACAAUAAGUGUUAAGUGAAUUUAAUUAUAACAAUAAUCAUACGCGAAAUUAGAAUCAGUGUUUGUUCGCCGAUAUUAUACGAUAAAAAUGGAAACGUAAUAGUUUUUUAUUUUUAUUUUUUUAUUUUAAAUGUUCGUUUUUCGGUAUAGAAUCAGUGAUUCUUUCAAGAAAAUAAGACAAUUAUCCAUCAUGCAAAGAGAAAUAGGAAAAUCACAACCAGAAGCAUGGAUCUGGAGGCGAAGCCCCAGCAAGAAGGCUUUCUCGAGUUGGAGGAACGGAGUAUCAUCGAGAAGGAGGAGUCGUCGAAUCGACGAAUAUUGGAUGGCGAAGAAUCGCUGGAUGAGAAUUUGAUCGAGCCGAGGACGAUCAAUUUGAACGAAGUUGCGUGGCACGAUACGAUCGACAGUUGUUGGAUCGUGAUUCGAGAUUUUGUGUACGAUUGCACGGAUUUCUUGAAAAGCCAUCCCGGUGGAUCCGACGUGAUACUCGAAUACGCUGGCAGAGACGCGACCUUGGCCUUCAUCGGCACUGGACACUCGUCCGCGGCGAUUCACAGCUUAAAGAGGUACCUCAUCGGUGAACUUCCGGUUGAGGAGAGGAUCUUUCGUGUCCCGAACGGCCUGAAAAUUUCUGCAUCUUAAUAUCUCGAUA